AUGAGUGGCAAGAUGAUGAUCUACAAACUCGUCGUUCUCGGCGACGGUGGUGUAGGUAAAACCGCGCUCACCAUCCAACUCUGUCUCAACCAUUUCGUCGAGACCUACGACCCUACUAUCGAAGAUUCCUAUCGCAAACAAACCGUCAUCGAUGACCAACCUUGCAUGCUUGAAGUCCUCGACACUGCAGGUCAAGAAGAGUACACCGCACUUCGCGAUCAAUGGAUUCGUGAAGGUGAAGGUUUCUUGCUUGUUUACUCCAUCUCUGCCAGGGCCACUUUCGAGAGGGUGGAAAGAUUCAGGAGUCAAAUCUCCAGGGUGAAGGAUCAGGAGCCACAUACAGUUCCGAUCAUGUUGGUGGGCAAUAAGUGCGAUAAGGUCAACGAGAGGGAGGUUUCGCGCGAAGAGGGUCAGGCGUUGGCGCAUAGGUUGGGUUGCAAGUUUAUCGAGAGUAGUGCAAAGACCUGUGUUAAUGUGGAAAGGGCCUAUUAUACCGUCGUUAGGAUGAUCAGAGAGCAGAGGGAGGGCACGACAACUCAUAAGAAGGAGAAGAAGAAGAGUCGGUGUAAUAUUCUUUAA